ACCAAAAAAAAUCUUAAUUUGUGUUCUGAAGAUGAACAAAGGUCUUGCGAGUGUGGAACGUCAUCAGGGUGAGUAAUUAAUGACAAAAUUCAUUUUUGGGUGAACUAACCAUUUAACUUUUUUUUUUUCCUUCAUUUUUAUUUAUUUAUUUUCUGAAAAUAUGGGGGAACAGUUUUCUUGUUUACGCUUAUUUCAUUUCAAAUUGAAACACAAACAAUGGAAAUAUACAUUUGAUACACAUUUAAUGUCUAAAACACAUAUUCACAAACUUGUAAAACUACUUCUACUAAAAGUUCAGCCCUGUUUCCUGAGAAUGAACCUUUCUGAAUAACAAACCAGAUCAGAGUGAUUACGUGUGUUGACAUGACUGACUGUCAUUCUUCUCAUUCUCACGUCUCGUCCUGGUAGAAGGAAUUUCAGAGCUGUUGUUCAACAGGACAGUUCAGAGAAAGAUCUACAGACAUUAUCUGAUUUCUGUUUUAACAGGUUUAAGUUCUGAAGAAAGCUUCCUCCUCCACAGUUCAUGAAAAUACAGAACUGAAAGAGGUUUCAAAACAACAACUGCUCAAGAUGCCAGUUCAGUGGAGGAAUAGAAAAAUCUACAUCAUUAUUCAUGCUGCAACUCUGUGAAAGGGCAAUGGCGUCUUCAGUUCCUUCAGUGAUUUCUCAAGAGCUGCUUGAGAAAUCACUGAAGGAACUGAAAAAAGCUGAACUGAAGGAGUUUCAGACUCGCUUAGAGAAUAAUCAUGAGUGUAUAUCAAAGUCUGAUAUGGAGAAUGCAGAUAUCAUAGACACAGUGGAUAAGAUGGUGGCAUGUUUUGGACCAGAAGAAGCUGUGAAGAACACAGUGGAGAUCCUGAGGAAGAUAAACCAGAAUAAUCUGGCUGAGCAGCUGGAGAACAAACACAAGCAAGUGAGUGAUCCUCUCUCUCACACACAGAUCAGGCUAAAGGCAAUAUGAUGACUUUUGUCCCCGUUGGAGCUCCUUCUAAAGAGAAAUGUGGCUCAACUGCAGACAACAGUCAGGAUGCUCUUUGUGAUUUCAAAGAUACCAGCCUCAGACUGAAGAACAAAUUAAAACGGGACUACAAGCGGAUAUUGGUUGGUAAUUCACAGACUGGUCAUCGGGAAUACCUGAACAAUAUUUACACUGAUUUAUAUGUGGUGGAGAAUGAUACCGGAGGACGAGUGAACGACCAUGAGGUGAUACAGAUGGAAUCACAUCACAACCGACUGAAUGCCAAAGAGACACCAAUCAAGUGUAAUGACGUGUUUAAAAUCCAGUGUGACACAGGUCAACAAAAUGGAAAAGUACUGACAAUAGGGAUUGCAGGAGUGGGAAAAACUGUCUCUGUCAAUAAAUUCAUCCUUGACUGGGCUGAAGGAAAAGAAAAUCAGGAUAUAGUCUUCAUAUUUCCACUUCCAUUCCGUAGACUUAAUUUGAUUAAAGAAGAGUACAGUCUCAUAGCACUGCUUAACAAAUACUUCUUUAGUAGUCCUGAAGAACUGUCCUCUCUUCCUGAAGAUGACGGUAAGGUCAUGUUUAUCUUUGAUGGGCUGGAUGAAUGUCGCUUCCCUCUGAACUUUGAAGAGGAUGACGCAUGUAUAGAUUUGAAAGAAAAAACAACUGUGAGUAAGAUAAUUACAAACCUUAUCAAUACACAUCUGGUUCCCUCUGCUCUCAUCUGGAUCACAUCCAGACCAGCAGCAGCUGGUCUCAUACCCCGAGACUACAUUGAUAAAGUGACAGAAGUGCGAGGAUUUAACAAUGAGCAGAAAGUGCAAUACUUCAAAAAAAACAGCAGUCCUGAAGUUUCUGAAAACAUUAUCUGUCAUAUAAGGAAAUCCAGGAGCCUGUACAUCAUGUGCCACAUCCCUGUCUUCUGCUGGAUCUCUCUCACUGUUCUUCAGCCUCUACUGGCUCAAGAAAGCAAUGACAAAAUUCCCACAACUCUCACAGGGAUGUACACAAACUUCUUACUUACUCAGCAGCAACAGAUGGAAAAAAAAUACAAAGAUAAUCCUGAACCUAAAGCCAAGGUGAAGUCUUUUGGUAAGAUUAUUCUAAAGCUUGGAAAACUGGCCUUUCAACAGCUGGAGAAAAGACACCUGAUUUUCGACAAAGAAGAUCUUGAGGAAUGUGGACUAGAUGUCAGUGAAGGGUCAUUGUACUCAGGGCUUUGCACCCGGAUGUUUAAGGAGGAAAAGAUUGAGAAAAUAGAAGUUUACAGCUUCGUACAUCUCAGCGUACAGGAAUUCCUUGCUGCUCUCUAUGUGUUUUUGAUUGGCAAAGACAAGAAAGCAAACCCAUUUGUUAAAUCCUGGAGAGAAAAUCUGACAUGGAAACUCUCCAAAAAGCCACUGUUUCAGCUUCAUAAGACUGCGAUCAACAAGGCUUUACUCAGUGAGAAUGGACACCUGGACCUUUUCCUCCGGUUCUUUCUUGGUCUCUCUCUGGAAUCCAAUCAGAGAGACCUAAAGUUAAUGCUGCCCAAACUGAAACUAAAAACAGAGAACAUUAAAGACACUGUUGACUAUAUCAAACAGAAAAUAGAGACAGAAAAAUCAGUAGAGAGGACCAUCAAUCUCUUCCACUGUCGGAGUGAACUGAAAGAUGACUUUGUGGAGGAAAUCCAGAAGAAUCUGAGCUCAGGAAAUCUUUCAGCACAGAAUCUCUCCUCUGCUCAGUGGUCUAGCCUGGUGUUUGUGCUCCUGAUGUCAGAAGAGGCUCAAGAGAAGUUUGAACUGCAAAAAUACAGAAGAUCUGAUGAAGCACUAAUGAUAAUGCUGCCAGUCAUCAAAAACACCAGAAGAGCACUACUACAGAGCUGUAAUCUCACUUCUCAGUCUUGUAAAAGUUUGUUAUCAGUUUUACAAUCCUCAAACUGUUUUCUGAGAGAGCUCGACCUGAGUAACAAUGACCUGCAGGAUUCAGAAGUUAAGCUUCUUUCUGAUGGACUGAAGAGUCUAAAAUGUCAGCUGGAGAUACUGAGAUUUUCCAAAUGUAAUCUCACUGCUCAGUGUUGUGAGAGUUUAUCAUCAGUUUUACAAUCCUCAAUCUGUGUUCUGAGAGAGCUGGACCUGAGUAACAAUGACCUGCAGGAUUUAGGAGUGAAGCUCCUUUCUGAUGGACUGAAGAGUCCAAACUGUCAGCUGGAGAUAUUGAGAUUGUCUGGCUGUAUGGUGACAGAGGAAGGCUGUCAUUAUGUGUCUUCAGCUCUGAGUUCAAACUCCUCACACCUGAGAGAGCUGGAUCUAAGCUACAAUUACCCAGGAGAUUCAGGAGUCAAGCUGCUCACCGAUACACUCAUCCAUCAAAACCGCCCACUGGAUAAACUCAAUGUGGAUCACGGGGGAGAGAUCAGGAUUACAGCAGGACUACACAAAUAUUCCCAUCAGCUCAAUCUGGAUCUGAACACAGUGAAUGAACACCUCUGUCUGUCUGAGGAUAACAGAGUGAUUACUUACACUGACACAGAUCAGCCGUAUCCUGAUCAUCCAGACAGAUUUGAUUAUGCUGAACAGGUGUUGUGUAGAGAGAGUGUGUGUGAACGCUGUUACUGGGAGAUUGAGUGGAGUGGUAAAUAUGUGCAUAUAUCAGUGUCAUAUAAGAGCAUCAGGAGGAAGGGACGGGGUAAUGAGUGUGGGUUUGGAGGUAAUAAUCAGUCCUGGAGUUUGUUCUGCACUUCCUCCAGUUGCUCAUUCAGACACAAUGACAUACAGACUGAACUCCCUGUAAAGCCCAUCAUCAGCAGUAGAAUAGGAGUGUAUGUGGAUCACAGUGCAGGAACUCUGUCCUUCUACAGAGUCUCUGGAGACACAAUGAGCCUCAUCCACACAGUCCAGACCACAUUCACUCAACCGCUCUAUCCUGGGUUUUAUGUUUAUAAUGGAUCAGUGAAACUGUGUUGAUGAAUCAGAAUACACUGUGUGCAGAAUUAUUAGGCAAGUUGAUUUUCUGAUCAUAUUUUUUUUCCCCAAGCACAUUUACCAAUUCCAAACCACAUCGAUCUUAAUAACUACUAUUAAUAUUGUAUUUAAUCAUUUAUAAGUGAUAUAUAAUUGUUCAUGAAGGCUGGAAAUGAAAAAUGCCUUAUAUUCAGGUGUGCAUAAUUAUUAGGCAGGUUUUCUUUUACAGGCAAAAUGAGCCAAAAAAGAGAUUUAACUCAGACUGAAAAGUCAAAAAUUAUUAAAUGCUCAUGAGAAGGACGCAAUACUAAUGCAAUACUAGAGAUUGCAAAGUUAAGGCAUGACCAAUGGACAGCAAAAUGCUCAUUGGGUCAGCGGGGUCAUACAAAAACAGGUGGAGAAGAAAAGACACACGUUACCUGC